CUCAAAUAGUCUCAAUCUUGGCCUCAUUUGACGAGACAAACGACCAUUGUUCCCGCCGACGACAACGAAAACCCGGGCUCGAAAAGGAAGAAGGGAAAUUGGCAGUGGGUACUAGGCGGACGACUUACACGACUCUAAAGUGGGACACGAGAUACACCACCAAGAUGGCGAGCCCGCAACCAAGUCAGAGGCCCAAGCUGUCUCUUCAGACCAAAUCUAUGCCAAAGAGCAUCAGCCGAGUGACAAGAAUGAUGGCGAGCGCGGAUCCAAGAGAUCCCACCUCGUUCAACACCCUCUCAAAUGUCUAUGUCACAGCCAUUGAGCGUUCGACCCCAGUACAGUCGACGCCGUUGACCGCCAUCAACGUCAAGCAACCACUCAAGCUUCUGACGGACCGGGCAUCUCUCGAAAAGAACCAGAAGAGCAGAAUCGCAACCCCAUUCACGGCCAACCUUCCUGAGACCCCCAUCAGUGCAAACCCAAUGUCCCCAGCUCAACUCCAGGCCAGCAUGGUCUUUCCUAGCACAAUGACCGCGACGCCUCCCAUGUCUGCUGGAGCCAUUGAUGCGACCAGCAGAGCAUUUCCCUUCAAUCCCGCGGAUAUCCAGGACCACAUGGCGCCUAGCUCACCUGCUCAGGCCCGGAGAAGGGCCAUGUAUUCCACCUUCGGCCCAAAGGCUCCGUACUCCCGGAUCAAAGGGCUCCGCGGCAUUCUUCGCAACUCGCCUCUACCUCCAUCCAGUGCGAUCUCCCCAAUCUCACCCAGGCGGCAGUCCCUGCGGCUCCAGGAGAAAGCUGCUCGGAGAGUCGGUUACCAAAGUCCCCUGGAGCAGACAAUCACCACACAAAGAUACACCAGGUCUCACAUUGAUCUGCUGGUGGAAGAGGCAUCCCCCUUUUCACCAAACCCCAACGUCGCAGACUCGGACGUGAUGCUUGACAUCACUAUGGCUUAUACUGGAGACGAGACACGUGAUGGAGGACAGACCCCUGGUCCAUUCGAGGAGAUGCGACGGCGGAUGGCGGGCAUGGCCACAGAAACCCCUGUGCUCUCUCCCAGAGCCGGUUCCGGCGUUGGCAAGCGGAAGAAGAAGGACAAGAAGCGCAGAUGGGUUUGGACAAUUGGCAACUCGGAGGAAGGUUCCGAAGAAGGCGGUGCACUGGCAGCUAUCAGAGCUGCGACAACUUCUUCAUCGCCGGCGCCAGGAGCAUCAGCAUCCACAUCAGAGAACACGACGCUUGGCAAAGUGUCCACAUAUGGAGAAGAUGCCACUACACCACGAACAAGCUAUGCGCACUAUUCGGCAAAGUCAACGACCCCUGAGCCCUUGACGGCGGUCCAACAUCCCAGUUUGCCACAAAUCAUCACAACUGCACACGUUCCGACGACAAUACAAAUCAGCGUUGAGGACGCGGAUUCGGUCUCGGAGAUAUCAUCAACGGAACCAUCGCUCGAUGUUGAGAUGUCGGAUGCUAGCAGUAGCGUGCUAUCGAGCCGCGCAACCACUCCCUUCAGCACAGACGGCCUGGAUCUUAUUACGCCCAUUGUGAAAUGCGGAGGCGUUCCCAGUUUCUCCUCACCAGCUCGCCGAAUCCUCGAGCGACUCGGGUCGGCAGACAUAGCCAACUCAAAUCCGGGCACGCGCCGGGACACCCCAAUUCCUGAAGAGCUUAUCAUGUCUAACAGCUCUUAGUCUGUUCGAUGAAUUGCAUAGCGCUAUCCACCAGAACUUGGAACGAGAUAUAGCCAACCGUCAGGGCGGUGGAGAUCAACGCCAAUAACCCUUCCUCAUGAAAAGGGGGACUGACGAGCCACCCUUUUCUCUCUCUGCCUUCUCAGCACCCAUCCCCCCAUGUAUUGUAUAGUAUGUAUCCGUUGCAUUCAUCAUAGCGUUGUGUGGAAUUAUGGUUCCUAGGAGGCAAGCAUAUGGCUUUAUCAGCAUAGCAAAUCUUUUGACGAUGAAAUGAUAACAAAUUGAAGUUGGCAUCUUGAU